UUGAGUAUGCUGUAGUUUUCUUUGAUGCUGUGUCUACCGCAAAGAACCAAGGAGGAAUUAUAAAAUAGGCCUAACGUGUGAUAUGUACUUACCGUGCCAAAUUACAGAUUAACAGGAAGAGGUAAAACGGUCCGUUGUCUAACAGAAGUUGUCUAGCUAUUGCUAUUAGUCUACUAGCACAUCUGCAGCCAUGCGGGAUAUGUUUUCAAGCAAUGCUGUGACAAAUUCAACACAGCUUUUCGAAAAUGGGAGUAAAUUUCUGUGGAUUCAGCUGGUCAUGGCAUUUCUAAGCAUUGUGGGAUCAGGCUCCAUUGUUGUAUUUACUGCUUUCCAUAAUUUGCUUGGCACUUCUGAGGUCCGAGCCCUGUUUUUCUUGAGCGUGACGGACCUGCUGCUUUGCUUUACCUGGCUCGUUGGAGCUGUGCUGUUUAAGGAGACCUGUGACAACCAUACCACCUGUUACAACCUGCAUGCCGUCGAACAGAUAUUCUACAUGUCGUCCUUUUUCUACACGCUGAACUACACGUGGGCUCUAUACAAGAGCUUCAAGGAGUACCACAGGAGCAUAUCAGGUCAUGCCAUUCUGUUUGUGCGGAGGACAUGCUCAUUAAGCAAAAUUGCCACACUCUUGUCAUGUGUUCUGCCCAUGCUGCUCAUGAUGCCAGUCUUUGCUGUGGGGAACGUGGACCACUGUUACAGGAACCUCACCCAGUCCUAUGAGUGUCUUCUGCUGCACACCUGGGCCCUGUACUCCCCCUCAGGGCGCAGCUUGGAAACCCGCCCCUGUCACAGCAUCCAUGUCUAUAGCAUCUGCAUCUUCCUGAUCACCUUCAUCUUGACCUUAGUGGGACUUUCGGUGUUGAUGGCAAAGGCGCGUUCCCUGUACAAACGCUGCAUCGCAUCCACUGGUGUCCUGGACGAAAGGGAGUGGGCUAACCUCCGGCUGCUGCUGGGGCAGAUGCUGCUUUACCCCUCUGCCUUCAUAGUCUGCUGGGGCCCAGCUUUCAUACUUGCUGUUAUGAUCCUGUUCAACCUACAGGAAGUGGACACAAUGUAUGUUGUCCUUUACAUCUUUCAGGCCUUCACAUGUGCCUCCCAGGGCUUGGCCAACUGCGUGGUAUAUGGAUGGGCACAGCAUCGCAUCCGCUCAAUGAAUGCUAUGGAGCAGAGAGACGCUGGUACCCAGACACCUCUGCUGCGCUCACAGAAGACAAGAAACUACACGACCUUUACUGAAACAGACUGAAGUGGAUGAAGGUGGGAGAGGAUGAUGGAGUCCCUGUUCACCAGCCAGCACACUGUGUGCUGGGUUAGGGAUUUCCCACGCACACACCUUUGCCUUACAACAGCUAUACAGCAGUGAUACCUGCUACACUAUCCUGAUCAAUAAAAGGGAAAAUCCUAGAAAAGUCCAGAGAAGGGAGAAGAUACAAGGAUUUGAAACAAACUGA